UACAUCGUACUUGGGCUGUCUACCGUGGCAAUAUUGACGCGGCCUAACUUCCCUUCCUCCAAUAAUACGUCUCAUUCUGUUGACGAUCGUCGGAACUGAGGAUAUUCAGUGUGAGAAGACUGUAUCAUUCGCGAUGAGAAGGCAGAACAGCAGCUGCGAUCAGUGCCGCAAGGGCAAGCGGGCCUGCGACGCCGGCGCCCUGAAAGACAUACAGCUAUGCCUGGACGUGGGUUUGCAGUGGGAGGUUGACUGGCAAAGCACGACUGGACCAUGCUCCAACUGCACGAAAACAGGGAAGCACUGUACGUUCGACUGGGCCCGAUCGCAGCAGGCCCAGGUUCGCGGAAGACGCCAGUCGUCCGGGAAGACGAACCUGCCAGAUCGUAAGCGUCUGAAGUCGGGGCAUAAGACGGCGUCGCCUGCGACGAUGGAACCCGGCGAGGUUCAACCUGGAGAGUCUCAUUCCCACACCGUAUUUAACUUCCUGGACACCGAGACACAUGAAGAAACGCCUGAAUUCUUCGCUGGAAGCUUUAAACCUGGCCCUGACUUCUUCUCCAUAUCUACAGAGAACGACGUCCUCAGUUACGACACACUGCCAGACAACUGCUCGUUCGUCUUCUCACCGUCCUCGUCAAUUUCAAUCCCCAGUUUGUCAGAUGGCCUGUCCGGGUUGAACCAGACAGACUGUAGUUCUUCUCAAAGCGAAUCCAUAUCGGGCUUCAGUCCGGGUUCUACCGUGGGCAUCUCCAAGACAGCGCGAAAGCGAUCCCGACAAUCGCCUAUUUCUCCUCCUUGUGCACCCUCCGGUCUCUCCGAGUUCUCCCCGACCCAGAAAAUGAUUGUUCGAACAAACCACGGGAUCAUGACCGACAACCUCAUGCAACUGUAUCACGACGUCAUGGAGGGCGCCUUAUCGUGCUGGUUAACGGAGCAAAACUGCCCUUACUUGGAUCCAACCAGAGCUCCGGGUCUUGCAGGCUUGUCACCAAGCCAGCCGUUCGAGCCAUUUGUAGCAACACCUAACCUUUCCAGUGGAAACAGAAUAUAUCAGCGCGUUAUUAGACUCGACAAAUCUCUUGAAUCACUGGGAAUUAGGACCCUAAGCGUCUCGGAGGAUAGAAGGGCCACGAAGGCGCUUCGCCUGGCAAUCAUGGCCUUCACGGCACAAUGGGCACAGGGUAGUAGGAGAAGCCGAGCGCGAUACCGGCCGGCCAACAACCCAGGCGAAGACCUCACGGCCGACGGCUUCAGCGAAGAGUUCGACGCAACUCUCCAGGCAUCGUUUUGGAACCAGGCCAGGAGGUGCCUGGACGAUUGUGCCGAAAUCAACUCUUUCAGAGUGGCCAUGGCGGAGCUGCUCUUUGGUCUUACGCAAAAGUAUAACGACGAACUCGACUGGGAAGACGCGGAGUUUGGCGACCUCGGCUUCGGACUGUCAGGGGAAACAUGUACGAAGGGAUUUUGUACGGCAGAAAAGGUCCAAAGGGUCUUGGACGAAGAAGGGUACUCGAUUUACGUUGAGCGUGGUGCUCGGCGGCUUCACGUUCUCAAGCGUCGUUCGGAAGUUUUCGAGAGAGGGAGAAAGAACCGCGGUUUUGAAACACACUCGGAGGAGAAGAAUACCGUGAAGCUGGUUUUCUGGCUGGCCGUCAUGUUCGACACGCUCUCGGCUGCAAUCACCGAGAGGCCGCUCACCGUAUCGGACGAAGACAGCCAAGAAGACGGACAACGACAAGGCUUGACGGAUCGGGAUGAAGAAGGCCCGGCAUCUCCAGUACCAACAAAGCGGUGGAACGACGAGCACAUCAUGAGAAAACACCGGAAGCUGGCCCCCUUACGACUGCCCAGUCCCGAGGAUGCCGUCGCUAGAGAGCUCAUCGAUGCGGCGCCCGUCAAGGUCCUCUUGUUCCGGAAGAUCACGCGGAUCCAGAGCCUCUCGUCCCGGGGCGCAGGCCGGGCGGUCAUCGAGGACGCCAUCCAGGACGGGCUGGCAGUCUACCGCCACUGGAACAUGACGUAUGGCCUGCUGUUCCAGGACUGCGUGCAGUGCCACGGCGCGCUGCCGCCCAGGACCCGGAGCUGGUACGUGUGCCUCCUCGGGCACUGGCUGCUGGCCGUGAUGAUCAUGGCGAACUGCGUCGAGGUCAUGGACGGUCAGGGCUUCAGCGAGUCUUUGGGCCGCAGGGAGCGCGCCGAAGUUGGUCUCGUCGGCCAUCUUCGACGGACGGGCGCGCGGGCCGUUUCUGACCUCGCGAGAGCUUCUACGCCGCGAGAAGAUGAUGCGGAGAGGUUGACGGACUUCCACCCGGCCGUCAGCGAGGGCGCGCUUCUGACCGAGCCCUGGACCAUGGUCUUGAUUCGGUCGUUUGCUACGGCGGGCACAUUGCUCCUCGGUGAAGCCGUGGAGUCAGAGACCUCAGGGCAUUACGCAGGCGACUCCCGAUUGGACUCACUAGACAGAUGCGAGGACUGCGUAAAGGCCCUUUGGUAUCUGGGUCGCAAGUCGAGCUUGUCUCGCCAGGUUGCCGGUAUUCUAGGGGGCGGCUUGGCUGCCGAGCGGUCUAGGACGUUGCGUCUGGAUGAUUGUCUAGCAGCGUACGAUCCGUCGGCACUGGUCAAUGUUGUUGAAAGUUACUGAGAUGGAUGGACGAGAAUGAUAUACCCCCCCCCCCCCCGGAAGCUGAAGUCCGCGACCGGGAUCAUAGUUGUCAGACCAUCCGUUGUCGAUAUUGGGCCAUCCAAGCACAAAUCGAGCACUUUUGUCUCUCCAUCGAUUCGGGCCUGGACUCGUAAGCACGUGUGGUAACACCACUUAAGAAGCAUA